AUGCUUCAACCCGACGUAUCGACUCAUCGACCCACGCCUGCGGCCGACGAAGUGGGUGCUGAGGCAACUGAGCCCGAGGAGGAUCCAGUGGCCUUGAUGUUUAGCUCAACGCGCCAACGAGCAGCCGCCAUGGCCUCGCUUGGUGCCACGGCCAAGGAUGAGGACGAAGAGGAUGACGAUGACAACUUGACUCUUCAGUGCACCUUGACCGAGCGUCCGUCCAAGUCCUCCAAGGCCGAUGUUGAGGCUUUGGGCUCGGGCUCGGGCUCAGACGUGCUAUCCCUUUGGAAGACUGCCCCGCUAGAUUCAGGCCGCGGGGGACCGUACUACGAUGGCUACGGUGAGGGCGACGUGGAUGAUGAUGAUGAUGAUGAUGCCUACACCGUUGCUGACAGCAUGUUUGAUACCGAGAGCAUGUGGAACCAGCGGAUAUAA